AUGGCCAGACCGUUCGAAAAUAUUGCCGACAUCAAUGACACAAAGGAUUUGUGGAAGGUGGCGGUUCGUGUGGAGCAUAAAUGGAGUGUUAUUUCCAACAACAAAGAACACUUUGAAAUGAUUUUUGUCGACAAAAAUGGGUGUGAUAUCCAUGUUGUUGUACCAACGACGUAUAUGGCGGCAUACAAUGACAGAUUUGCAUUGGACCAGACCUAUACAGUGUCGAACUUCAAAGUUGAGCGUAAUAACUUGGUGUUUAAACCUUCUGGCCACGGGUUUAUGGUGAAGUUUACUGGAGGAACAACUGUAUCUGAUGUCAACAAACAUGAGAUACAGCCAAAGCAACACAUGUUUACGAGUUUUGUUGAUAUUAUAACCGGGAAAACUCGGAAGGAUAUGCUUAUUGACAUUUUUGGUAUUGGUGAAAGUAUCGGGUAUGCCCAGAGACAUCGCGGAAGUAAGAAAUUACAGGUUAAUUUGGUCCUAAGGGAUGCAACGAACAAUACAAUUAAUUGCACCCUUUGGGAGACUUAUGCUGCUCAAUUCUUCAAGGUUGAUGAAGAACGGGUUAAUACGUCCGUUCCAAUUGUUAUAAUGCUUCGAUAUGCAAAAAUUAAAGAAGAAGGACAAUAUCCUCUUUCGGUUACAAACACCUUCCAUGUUACGCAAUUACAUAUCAACGCAGAUUUGCCAGCAGUGAAGCAUUUCCUUGAAAGUAUACCUAAGGAGACUAUGAGCGCGGUCUCUAGCCAGCUUAGCCUAAAUUCACAAAACGUCUCCCGCUCCACGAAUUCUGACAAUUCGAGACAAACUCCUAUGCAGAGAUUGUUGUCUGGUGCUUUGGCUCUGCCUCUCAUUGAAAUAAAGAAACUGAAACAGGUCUCUUUCUGCGCUACCGUUGUUGAAACCAAAAAACUGAUUGCCUCUUCCUUCGGCUGGUGUUACCGAGCAUGCCAUUCAUGUCCUAAAGCUGCACGUGGUGAUGAACCUCCUUUCAUAUGCGAUAACAAUCAUAAAACGGAGGCUGAAAUAUGGAGGUAUAAAAUUGAAAUAGAGGCUGUGCAUAAGGGCGUACCUUGCAAAUUCAUAUUUUGGGACUGGGAAUGUACGGAUCUCUUGGAAAUUUCUGCUGCUCAAAUGCGGGAUACAAUGAUACAGGCUGGAAUCACUGAUCCUCUGGAGUUCCCAUUAGCUCUUGAUAAGAUGCUUGACUUGGAGCUGGCUUUUAGAGUUAAGUGGCAGCCAAGCUGGGACUCAUGCUCCGUUGUUAUGCUCAUUAAAGAUAAACCCUUUGUCCAACAAUUAAAGGCUCCGUGGGAACAUACACAGAAGGUGUCCACUUCUCAGCCCUCCGUAACACCUCUAACGGAGCAGAAGGUGUCCACUUCUCAGCCCUCCGUAACACCUCUAACGGAGCAGAUUAAAGAGAGCGUCGACGAAGCAAAAACUGAUGCUGCAGAAGAGUGUGAAAUUCUUACGGAUGUGGAAAUUACAUCCAGGCAUAAUCCUGAUCCGGUCACACCUACUGCAAAAAGGCAUAUUGGUGAUGGCUCCAACGAAUCAACUACCGUGGCUGGGAUGUGUGAUGGAGAGCUGUCAUCAACAAAACUUAAAAAAAUCAUCAAGUUGGAGAAGAAUAUUUGA